GUGUGUUUUUCCGGGUACAGAAUUAUGCACGUGCUGAUGAGUCCUGGAUAACGCGGAGGGAUAAAAAGGAGUGAAGUGGUCGCGAAGACAUAUUGGACGACCAUUUGAGAGUUUGUCGGCACUCUUUUGUGAGCGACAUCACCGAGGUCACCAUGAGGGCAGUUAUCGCUCUUUCCCUCCUCUUCGUCGUCGUUGUAGUCGUGCGCGACGUUGACGGCACCUUCUUUCGGCGACGUUUUGGUUUCAGGCGUUUCAGGCGCCCGACUGCCUACAGGCCUCACAUCAUACAACGCCCGUAUCAUCCCAAAACCCUGAAACCUCCGCAGCCAACUCCGAAACCGCAUCCCCCGCCGACAAAACCAGCACCGACAACCUCAAAACCCCAUCCACCACCCACACGGAAACCCCACCCACCACCCACAAUAAAACCUAAAUUGACUGAUAUCCCCACUUUUCCCCUCCCACCAAAACAACCUCCCUAUCCCCCCUAUCCAUACCCUCCUUACUAUCCUCCCCCACCUUACUAUUACCCCCCACAGCAGCCGUACCCCCCACAGCAGCCUUACCCCCCACAGCAGCCGUACCCCCCACAGCAGCCUUACCCCCCACAGCAGCCGUACCCUCAAUCGACUGUGACUGUCCGCGACUGCGUCACUGACGGCUGUGACAACACCUGCUCGCGCAAGACCUACCUCAGCGGCGUCAAGUACUGCUGCCCCGGAUGUUCCGCUGACGUCUCCAUGACGACGGGAACCAACGACAAAGGCGACUUCUGCUUGUGCAGCUAUCAGGGGCCCGUCCCGGGGUCAAUAAAGUACUGAGUGUGAAGACAUCACUAGUGCGAAUGUGACGACAUCACCGCGACUGUAGUGCGAAUGUGACGACAUCACUACGACUGGUGUGCGAUUUUGUGUUCAUGGACUGAUCACUCUUCCUACUUUUAUAACUUGGACAUUCCAAUAAAUUGUCUUGUUUU